UGCAGUCGCCUUACAGCUUUUAACCCGCCGCCACAUCAUGCGGGUAUAUUGAGUCAGUCUUUAUCGUCUGCUAUACGGGCUACAGAGUGGUGCUAUAGUGUGCUGUCUACCUGUAAGCCGCGCGUCGUCUGUUAUUUUUCCCCGAGUAGCGUCAUGGCGCCCCUCGCCCUCACGACUGUCACAACAAACCAAUUAAACGCAUAAUGUCGAGCAAGGGCGCGAUUAAGAAGACGACUACGGAAUCGCGAAGCCACACCAAGAGCCAGGAUAUCAAGAAGACCAGGCCGACACGUGCGUCGAGUCAGGAUGAGGAGAAGAAGGAAAAGAGAAAGGAACCGCAGAUAAUCGACGCCAGAGCCGCCGGAGACAGGAAGAGCAGAACCGGAGCUGCUCUGGCCAAGAAAAAUCUGUUGCCGGACAAGAACCCCGUAAAGCUCAAGCAGCUCAAGCAGAAAGGACUGGCCACGUCCAAGCCGAGCUCUCAUGAGUUUGCUUCUGGUGCUACGAAGAAACCGCUGCCUCCUAAGAGCAAAUCUGAAAGUUCUAGCGAGACCACUGCUCCCAAAGUGAAAGGCAGCGUUUCAAAGACUACCAAAGAUAAGGUACAGGCCCAGUACAACGAGAAGCGGGGAGAAAGCUCUAGGUAUGUUCCAAAAGAUGCAGCCACUAAGCUUAAAGAAACUACGUCAUCGGAGAGGAGGAGGCGGAGCAAGGAGAAAUCAUCGAUGCCCAAAAGUUCAGAAAAACCUUCAACCUCUAAUAGUUCGGAAAAACCCUCAACCUCCAGAAGUUCUGCCAAAGCUUCAACGUCGAAAGCUCCUGACAAAACACUGCCAAGGCAUUCUUCGAGGGAAAGGAAGAGAUCCAGAACAUUGAGCCCAAGUGAGGUCAAAGUUUUGCAUUCACCGAAUCAAAAAGAAGAUUCCAAAUAUAAAAAGGGCGAAGAAGAAGAUGCAAAGAAUGCAGAGGAUGAAGAGUACAACUACGAAGAUGAUUUUGAGGAAUAUGAAUCCGAUUUUGAAGAAUACAUAAGCGACUCUCAGAUUGAUGAGGAAUCCGACAGUUUACCAGAUUUAUAUCUGGAACCCAUUGUAUUACGUACUGAGGAAAAGAAGAGAACAAUCAACAGUGCAGAUAUUCGAACCAGACACGAAGAAGAAAGUAUGCUGGAUUCCGGACAUUAUGAGCUGACUGAGGCAAAGAAAAGAGCAGCGAUGGUUGAGUCACUAAUGGCAACUAGAAUGAAAACACCUCCACCUCCGCCAGAAGUCAAAGAUCCAGCUAACCAUUCGUAUAGGGAGGAAAAGCAGUCUGAAAACAAAUCUUUGCCAUCCUCGACUGACGAAGGAUUCGAGGACGCGCGUUCUGGUGAUUUUACAAAAUCACCUCCAAUGUCACAAAUUUCUGUUUUGAGUCCAAAGAAACCGAAGGUGAAGAGAGUCGUUGAGGAGCCACCGAAAAUUCUCACCAGAGGUCAACUUUUGAUGUCUAUGAUCAAACUUGACACCGUAGAAUUGUCUUUAUUUGAAUCACCACCAAUAUCAUACGAAGAAUUUAUUCGAAGUUAUGGAACUUUGAAUACUCAACAGAUAUCUACGCAAACAAACGAAGAUAAUCUCGAUGUAGAAACUCAGACUGAUACAAGUGAGGUUGAAAACAAAUGGACACAAUUUCCAGUCAAGUGUAAAAACAAUUUAGAAACGAUCGAGGAUGUGAGAUUGUUUAAAAUUGAGCAAAUGGGUGUCGGCGGUGAUAAGCCAGAUUACAAUGCAUUAUUAACUAAUCCGUUAUAUGAUACAUUGAAACUCAAUGAAUUCUUGAGUAAAGCUGGAAAGGUUGUACUAGCUUUAUUAGAAGAGAAAGAAUUCGGUGGAAACAUUCUCCAAAGCGAAACGCACGAAUUUCCGUUUAGCGAAGGAUUUAUUAAACUGUCUGUUAGUUCGUUGUCUUUUUUAUGUGGCAGACAAGUUAGCAUGCUACAUUAUUCAGAAAUGAAUAACAAAAUUCUCAUGAGUAUCCAUGCUCCUGUUAAUGAGAAAAUCGAACCUUCGUGUAAGCAAGAUUACAUAAUGGAUUCCUGCAUUGGUUGUGUUUGGAAUGUAAACGAACCGUCAAGGCCGAUCAAACUUUUUUACUCGCAAAGUCCUAUUACGGCCUGUUGCUUCCAUUGUACAAAUCAUAACAUUGUUUUCGCGGGACUUCAAGAUGGAACCGUUUGUCUUUGGGAUUUACGGGAAGAGGAAACUUGGCAUCAAAGAAUCAUAGACAAGGUCAACGAAAUGGACUGGGUCGUAAGAACUCCGACGUAUACAACGGCUGGAAAUUGGGAGGUUGAAGCUCAUAUGUCUUCUGUAGUGGCUAUUCGGAUCAUCUCAAGAUUGGGACACGAUGAAGCCGAAACUCUGAGCGAGAAAUUCGUUUCUAUUCAGAUUUGCACUUUAGACGAAGAAGGACGUUUAAUUAUUUGGAGUGUUUUGCGCAAUCUGAGUACGAACUCUGAUGAUCUCGGUUUAACGCAGUGGGGCAAAGUGAAACUAAUAAAAAGCCAAGAAGUGUCUUUAUUCGCAAAAAGGAAUGCGAUGAACGAUAUGAAGAAAGAAUUUGUUGACAUGAACGUCGAUAACGUCGACAGUAAUAAUUUGUACUUGGCUACUAACGAUACCAAUAUUUUGUACGCAAAUUGUAUUGGAGGGAGAAACGGCACACCUUAUUACAAAAUAAAUGAGAUGGAUUCCUGCGGCAGUACAACUUGUAUCGAAGUCUGUCCUUUCAAACAAUCUUACUUCUUCGCUGGAUGCAAAGAUGGAAGUAUCAGACUGCAUACCCUCAAUAUAGAAACGCCUCUUUUAAAGUUCAAAGACGAAGACAGCUCUGCUGGAAUCAAAAGUAUUCAGUGGUCAAAAUCAAAACCAUUGACUGUCUAUGUUCUAGAUGAAUAUUCUAGAAUCGUCGUUUGGGAUCUAAGCAACAGUGAUAUUCAUCCAACUCAUACAGUUUCAACAAAAAGUUGGGGCUAUGUGAAAUGCAUGAGGUUAUCACCUUGUAAUACCAGUCGCGAUAUGUUGAAUCAGUAUAUGGCUCUUGGAACUGAUACUGGAAACGUGGAAGUUCACAAACUGAGAAAGGAUUUCUACUUUUCACAGCAGGAUGAUUUCCUGCAAGAAAUGAACACGUUUUUACGAUAUGUUUCAAUUUUAUAAUUCUUAAUUUUAUCCACUUUUGUAGAUCAACGACAAUCUAAUUUUAAUUCCAACAAUUUAAGACUGUAAUUACACGUUCAAAACAUUCAAAGUUUACUUACACCAAAGACCUACAGAUGUAUACGUAGAUAGAGGAUAAGAAGAGUUUUUCACUUUUUAAGAAGUAGUUUGAGCGUGAGAUUUAUUAAAAAGUAAAAAAAAAAAU